ACCGGAGACCCAGCACUGGAAAGCUAGCUUGGAAAGUUAGCACUGCUAACUGAAAAGCGCGGACAGUUGCAGUCAUGUCCUCACUGAGUGGCAAGUCUGCUGAAGAGCUCUGUCAACUUUUGGAUGAGCAUGGAAUCAACCAUGGACCCAUUGUUGACUCCACCAGGAAGCUUUAUGAGAAGAAAUUAAAAGAAGCCCUGGCCAAAGCCACAAAGUCAUCUCCUGAUAAGACGUACUACAGAGAAGAACAGGAAGAAGUCACGUAUGUUACUUAUCAUCCACCAGUGAGGCAUGAAGUCUUUGGGGAUGUAACAAGGAGAUCAAGGACAACUGAGUUUGCUGAAGAUGCAAGCAGAGCAUAUGAGCCUAUCACCAGUCGUACUCAAACAACCUACCAGAGUACACCCCACUCUAGAUCAACAGCCUACACAACCAAAUCCGGCCAACAGGAUGCUAAACCACUGGUGGCUAAAUCUGAGAGGAGUAAAUCUGAGGGUGCUCCAGGAUGGCUGCGGGUCUUGGUGUUUGUUAUUGUUGCAGUAUUUCUUUACUAUGUGUACUCAAACAUGGAGUCUGUUGAGAAAAGCCCCUUUAAUACAAUUGAUGGGUAGGUUAUUUACUACAUAUUCCUGACAUAGGAAGACACACACACACACA